AUGCUUGAAAUGAGUGCAGGGGCUGCCUUCUGUUCUUCAGAUGAUUCACAAGAACAUUCCAGUGACCCAGAUCCUCUGAAAAGCUUUAUUGUGAAUUCUUUUCAAUACAACUCACUACCAGCAACUAAUCUUUUAGAAAACGCCACAGUACUAGCACAGUUGUUGCUAUGGAGAGGUAUGUUUCCACAGCGUAUUCAUUGUAUGCAAAACUGUCAGCUGACAUUAGCUAGGAAAGAGGGAAUGUUUGAUUUUCAGCCCAAAUCUACAAGGGUCGGUUGUAUUAUUUUUAAGCUGAAGACAAAUGACAUUCUGGAUCAUCGUGGUGUCUGUUACAAAUUUCAGUCUGAGCAAAGAACUAACUUUUUGCUUUUUUUUUUUUUUCAUAUUCCAGGGUCCACUUACAGUGUGCUGUCAAUCAUGCCAUCUGAUUCCGAAAGCAGCAGUUCUCUUAGUAGCAUUGGUACAACAGGCAAAACAUCUUCCCCCCCACCUGUCUUAGACACAAGGCAGAUGAAUGAGAAACUAGAGACUAUUUUAUUUCAGCUCCGCCAAGUUACACGGGAGAGGGAUGAGUUACGCAAGCGCCUUGCACUUUCAUCUCCUGGAUCAACCUUCGACGACUGCAGGCCUAGUCCAAAACCAAGUCAUGAUUAUGAAAGAUUGAAGAUCCAGUGUAUGAAAGCUAUGUCAGACCUACAGUCUCUACAGAAUCAACAUACCAAGACACUAAAAAGAUGUGAAGAAGCAGCCAAGGAGGCAGAUUUUUAUCAUACGUUGCAUAGUCGACUGCUGAGUGACCAGUCGCAGCUGAAGGAGGACAUGGAUACCUUGAAGAGGAAGAAUACUCAGUUGUUACGAGAGCAUAACCAUCUCCAACAGUCAUGUGAGGAAAUGAAGAGACUUCACGAUGAGGAUCAGAAAGAAAUAACAGACCUUCGCAGUCAGCAACAGCAGGUUAUGAAACAGAAUGGAUCCUCAGAAAUACUAAAUAAACUCUAUGAUACAGCAAUGGACAAGCUAGAGGGUGUGAAAAAGGAUUAUGAUGCAUUAAGGAAACGGUACAAUGAGAAAAUAGCAAGCCACAACACAGACCUUAGCCGGCUAGAACAGACAGAAGAGGAGAACAGACGUCUUCAAAAGCAGAUCGACAUGUUAAUGAAACAAAGGGACACAGCCAUACAUGUCCAGCAGCAGUAUUCCUCCUCUCUUAGAAGGUUUGAGUCAAUACAGCAAGAGCUAAGCAAAGCCACUGCGCAGAACAAAGAGUUGCAGAGAGAGAUGGAGCGGUUGCAGUCAGAGGUGACACGGUUCAAAACAAUGCAGCUGAAGGCAGUGAAGGAUGCAGAGAAGUACAAGGAAGAGAGAGACUCUGUUUUCAAUGAGUAUCGCCUCAUAAUGAGUGAGAGAGACCAAGUGAUUAAAGAGGUGGAUAAGCUUCAGACCGAACUAGAGCUUGCAGAGUCCAAACUGAAAAACACGUCCUCAGAGAAAAGAGUGGCUAGUGAGGAGGUGGAAGCUUUGAGACAGGAGCUAAACUCCGCUCUAGUGGAACGUGAUCGGGCAAUCUGUGAAAGGAACGAGUUGCUGGAAAAGUACUGUCAUGAAGUGAAGGAUAAGGCUGAGGCCCAGAAGGAACUUGAUCAAGCCUGCAAGGAUAUAGAGACAGUGAAGGAAGAAAGAGAUGUUGCCAGGAAAGAGAGAACAGAAGCUAUCAUCCAGAGAGACCAUCUGCUAAGGGAAUAUUACCAAGCUCGUCAGAUCCAAGAUUCUGCUACAUUGGACAUAGAAAGAGCUAACAAAGAAAUUGAAAUGCUUCGAAAGCAAUAUGAGGCCAUGUCACAAGAGCUAAAGGAGGCUGUCCAGGAAGCAGAAGUAGCCAAAUGUCGGCGAGAUUGGGCUUUUCAAGAACGGGACAAGAUAGUUGCGGAAAGGGAGAGCAUACGGACUUUGUGUGACAACUUGAGGAGAGAGCGAGACAGAGCUGUGAGUGACUUGGCAGAGGCGCUUCGCAAUCUUGAUGACAUGAGAAAGCAAAAAAAUGAUGCUGUGCGUGAAUUGAAGGAACUGAAAGAGAAGAUGGAGAACCAGUUGGAAAAGGAAGCCAGGUUUCGCCAGUUAAUGGCCCACAGUUCUCAUGAUUCAGCCAUUGACACAGAUUCUCUGGAAUGGGAAACUGAAGUGGUAGAGUUUGAAAAAGACAGAGAGGAUAUGGACUUGAAAGCACUUGGUUUUGAUGUGGCAGAAGGUGUGAAUGAACCAUACCUCCCUGGAGACUGUGGAAUAUUUGUCACCAAAGUAGACAAAGGAAGUAUUGCGGAUGGUCGAUUAAGAGUGAAUGAUUGGUUGCUGAAGAUAAAUGAUGUGGAUCUUACUAAUAAGGAUAAGAAGCAAGUUAUAAAAGCUGUACUUAAUGGAGGUGGAGUUAUUAAUAUGGUGGUUCGGAGAAGGAAGUCCUUAGGCGGGAAAGUGAUAACACCUCUGCACAUCAAUCUUGCUGGGCAUAAAGAUAGUGGAAUUAGUUUAGAAAAUGGAGUAUUUGCUGCUGCUGUUGUGCCUGGUAGCCCAGCUGCCAAAGACGGGUCUCUUGCUGUGGGAGAUAGAAUAAUUGCCAUUAAUGGCAUUGCACUUGAUAAUAAAUCACUGACUGAAUGUGAAGCUUUGCUACGAAACUGUAGAGAUUCCCUUACACUCUCAUUGAUGAAGGUUUUUCCUCAGAGCUCAUCAUGGAGUGGUCAGAACAUAUUUGAAAACCUGAAGGAUUCCGAGAAAAUAUCCAACUGCCGGGUUCAUACAUCAGAGAUACAAUCUCAGAAUAAAAGAAACUUGAAACACAACAGUUCAACACAAACAGACAUUUUCAAUCCAGACAUUCUGGAUGGCAAGAAGGACCAGAGCGACCAGGGGAGUGGCUCGUUCUGUGAUCACAAGCCCUUUUCCUGCUGCUCUAAAACCUGAAGGAUUCCGAGAAAAUAUCCAACUGCCGGGAAUGCUGUGCACAGCUGCCACAGUAAUUCCGAACACAGUCUUAGCUCCUUUAGCCCAGAUGCUUAUGGGGAACGAGGCUAUGGGCUUGUUGAUUUGGACGGCAGGAGGCUGCCGUUUGAGCCCACAGUAGCCAACUGCAUCAUGGUAGAGACUGCUUUAGACAAAGGGCAUGGAGCUAAGCAUAGUGGUGGUACGUGGCCUAAAGUCAUGGUCAAUAUUUCAACAGUAGAAACUGAAAAGUUCUCUGUGUACAAGAAGCCAAAACAAAGGAAGUCCAUCUUUGAUCCUGACACUUUCAAAAGACCACAGACUCCUCCCAAAGUGGACUAUCUCUCUCCUAAUCAGGUGUCAGGGCAUUCGCCUCAGCCCUCAAAAGCUGAAGUGGCUUCAACCCCUCCAACCCCUCCCAAGAGAAGUGACUCUAUUAAAUUUAAACAUAAACAGCAGACAAGUUCUGCCUCAGACUCUACGGUAACCACUGGAUCUCCGCCUACCAGCCCAGCUACAGCCCAGCCUCCAGCGUCCUUGGCACUUAAGCAAGACUCAGACACUCACAAGGGGCGCAGCAGGGCCACUGGGCAUUAUUACAGGGAGGAGGGGCUCGACUGUACUCAUCUGUCUUCAAGAAAAUCUUGUGAAGAUGACAUUGGCUUUCAAAGAGUUGAAGAGCCAGAGAUAAAAAGACCAAGACCAAAAUCAGCACCUGCUUUGAGACAUAAACUCACCCCCGUGCCCAUUCCUAAUCCUUCACUUCAGAUACAGAAAUACACUCCAGCCAGCGAAGAGCAUCUCUCACCGGAGCUCCGGGAGUGGGCGCCGUAUUCACCAAAACGUUCCACUAGGCACAGCGAUGGUUUUGUGUCUCCCUCCUUGUACGCUGGAGGCAUGUCAUCAGGUACUGUACCAAGAAGUUUAGCACCCUGUCCUGCAGUAACUGCUGUAAUGAGAAAUCCAGUUUAUACUGCUUGGAGCCACAGAGUUCAUGCCAACAAUUGCCCGUCAGUUGCCAGCCAAAUCUGCCAUCAGCACCUGCACCCUAGUGCUCAGCACCAAGGUCGCUUGAGUUUGGAUCUAAGUCACAAGCACUCCAGUGAUUAUUCUGAAAACUCACGGACGAGGGCAUCACAUGGUUCAAAUUCAUUACCAUCCAGUGCAAGACUUGGCUCUUCCAGCAACUUGCAGUACAGGACUGAAAGAAUUAAGAUCCCUUUAACCCCAAGGUAUCCAAGGUCCAUCAUGGGCUCCGACAGGGGUUCACUAUCACAUUCUGAAUGUAGCAGUCCCAGUCUGAUAACCCCUCCACAGUCACCACUGAACCUGGAAACCUCUUCUUUUGCCAGCAGCCAGUCACAGAACUCCCUUUCUACAUUACCUAGGAUUUCUAUUAGCCCUGUAUCAAUUGGAGAGCGUAGAAAAGAUAGGCCAUAUAUGGAAGAACCACGCCAUGUUAAAGUGCAAAAGGGUUCUGAGCCACUAGGGAUUUCCAUUGUGAGCGGAGAAAACGGUGGCAUAUUUGUGUCUAAAGUAACUGGUGGGAGCAUUGCCCAUCAAGCUGGCCUUGAAUAUGGUGAUCAGUUAUUGGAGUUUAAUGGAAUUAAUCUGAGAAAUGCAACAGAGCAACAGGCUCGACUGAUCAUUGGGCAGCAAUGUGACACCAUUACUAUUCUGGCUCAGUACAACCCCCAUAUGUAUCAACUUGGCAAUCACUCACGAUCGAGUUCUCGUUUAGAACCAGUGAGCAACCAUUCCACUCCUCAAGGCAGUGGGGCGGCAACCCCCGACAAUCAUUCCAUAAUUGAUACUGUGAGUGAACAGGAUGAAGGAACAAUGACACCUCCAUCCAAACAAACCACACCUACAACUAGUCCCCGGAAUUCCAUGAGGGUCCCCGUGGACACAAACAAGAGGACCCCAGAACCAAGAAAUGUUGUCAUUAAAAAAUCCCAAGUGGAGCUUGGAGUCCAGAUCUGUGGUGGAAACCUGUAUGGAAUAUUUGUGUCUGAUGUAGAAGAUGAUAGCCCAGCCAAAGGACCAGAAGGACUAGUUAUGGGAGACAUGAUACUUGAGUAUGGAUCUGUUGAUAUGCGAAAUAAAACAGCGGAGGAAGCCUACCUGGAAAUGAUGAAGCCAGGAGAAAAUAUUAGAGUAAAGACUCAGUACAGAAUAGAAGAAUUCAACAAGAUUAAAGAUUUACCUGGAGAUGGAUUCUAUAUCAGAGCACUUUAUGAUCGGCUGGCAGAGGUGGAGCAGGAUUUAAACUUUAAGAAGGAUGACAUUUUGUAUGUUGAUGAUACUCUACCACAGGGGAACUUUGGUUCCUGGAUGGCUUGGCAGCUGGAUGAGAAUGCUCAAAAGCUAGAGAGAGGACAGAUCCCCAGCAAAUAUAUGAUGGACCAGGAGUUUUAUAGGAGACACAGUAUGUCGGAGGCUAAAGAUGAAAACAGCUCCACUAAGACUUUGUCAGCAGCAGCUCGAAGAUCUUUCUUUAGAAGAAAGCAUAAACACAAGCGUAGCGGCUCCAAAGAUGGAAAGGAUUUACUGGCUCUCGAUACAAUCAGUACCGACUCCAUUCCUUUCUUGGAUGAUUCCGUGAGUCUGGCUUAUCAGCGUGUACAGAAGGUGGAAUGUACCUCUCCCAGACCUGUACUCAUUCUAGGACCAUUACUUGAUGCUGUGAAGGACAUGCUAGUCAAAGAAUCUCCUGGAAAGUUUUGCAGAUGUCCCCUUGAAGUGAUGAAAGCUUCCCAACAAGCCAUUGAACGGGGAGUGAAAGACUGUUUGUUUAUAGAUUACAAACGGAGGAGUGGACAUUUUGACGUGACAACGGUAGCUUCGAUAAAGGAGAUAACAGAGAAGGACUGUCAUUGUCUGUUGGACAUUGCUCCUCAUGCCAUUGAACGGCUCCACAGUGUUCAUAUCUACCCCAUUGUCAUCUUCAUUCGGUACAAAAAUGCAAAGCAAAUCAAAGAGCAAAAAGACCCAAUCUUUCUGAGGGACAAGGUUACACAAAAACAUUCCAAAGAACAAUUUGAGACCGCUCAAAAAAUAGAACAGGAAUAUAGCAAGUACUUUACAGGUAUUGUCCAGGGAGGAGCCCUUUCAAGCAUUUGCACUCAGAUUAUGACAACUGUUGAUCAAGAACAAAAUAAAGUCCUGUGGAUUCCAGCUGGCCCACUAUAGAUACUCUUCUUCAGAUGUACUUCACAUUUGGCUUUUUUCAUCCAAUGGAUACUAUCCAUUUAUAUCUGUAUAGAGAUAUAAAUGAUUGAUUUUUUUUUUCCAUGAAGGGGAGUGAUACACUGAAUUAAAAAAAUCCACAAGGUGUGUUGGAAGGGAUAGAUCACUUCAUCAGAAGAACUUGUAUCUUAUGGUGUGCUUUUAUACAGAACAGGAUGGUAUGACGUAGGUGUACUUUUUCAUAUGAGAUUUAUUUAGUGAUGCUGCGAAACAAAAACCCUUUAGAAUGACAAGUUUACAAAAACCUUUUCCAAGUAUUUGGUUGUUGCUGUUUACUUGAAUGUCUUUUUUUUUUUUAAGUUUGUUGCUUUUCCCCUAAACAAGGCAUAUCUCCAAAAUGGAGUGACGUUUCUGCAUAUGAAUGAAUGGUUGUGGGCAGUGUGAUUCUACCUUGUAUUUCUGACCAUUUCCAAAGCCGCUGUUGACAUAACUACCGGGUAAUCGCAUGGGUUUUGUGAAUGGUACCUUUUGGGAGUGAGCUCAGAAGGAAGUGCACUCCUCUACAGGGCCGACCACUGUUGAUAAAAUGCAAACAUUUGUCUGUCAUGGAUACUGUUUUUUUGUUUUUAUGCAUGGAUCGAAUAUUUAAACAUCAUAAUAUAUCAGAUCACUCUAAGCUUAA